GCUGGAGAGGGCGCUAGCGAGGGGGUUUAUACCGAGGGGCUGCCUUGUCGCGGUGGCGGGCGGAGCUGGGAGACGUCAGUGUUACAGACUCAGUCGCUUCGGCUCUUUUCAACCUCUCCCGUUGCCGAAUAGAGUCAUCCCCUGUAGCGAUGAUUCCCUUCCUCGGUUGUGUAGAGUUGGUGGCUUCGCUACCCUGUUCGAGCAGCCCCGAGGCCUCGUGACUGUGCCCCGCUGGUGAUCGGGUUCCCCCGGCCGAGCGGCUCCGAAGCCCCGUGACCGUGACCGAGCCCGGACUGUCCGUCACCCACAGCUGAUCCUGGCUGUGGACUGUUGCUGGUGCGGCUGGCCUGGUCCGGCCCGACUCCCUCAAUGUUGCUAUGGCCGCUGUAGGCUCAGAGAAAGGCUCCAUAAAGAAGAAAAGUGAGAAGAAAUUCGCGGCCAGAGAGGAAGCAAAGCUUCUGGCAACUUUUAUGGGUGUCAUGAAUAAUAUGCGAAAACAGAAAAUACUGUGCGAUGUUCUUCUAGUAGUGUCGGAUAGAAAAAUCCCAGCUCACCGUGUGGUGCUUGCGGCUGCCAGCCACUUCUUCAAUCUAAUGUUCACCACAAACAUGCUUGAAUCAAAGUCAUAUGAAGUGGAACUCAAAGAUGCUGAACCUGAUAUUAUUGAGCUACUUGUAGAGUUUGCAUAUACUGCCAGGAUCUCUGUUAACAGCAAUAAUGUUCAAUCUCUGUUGGAUGCAGCAAACCAGUAUCAGAUUGAACCAGUGAAGAAAAUGUGUGUUGAAUUCCUCAAAGAACAAAUUGAUGCUUCAAAUUGUCUGGGAAUAAGUGUUUUGGCAGAGUGCCUUGACUGCCCUGAACUCAAGAUGUCAGCAGAUGGAUUCAUUCAUCAGCAUUUUACUGAAGUUUACAAAACGGAUGAGUUUUUACAACUUGAUGUCAAAAGAGUAACUCACUUACUGAAGCAAGAUGCACUAACAGUUAGAGCAGAAGAUCAGGUUUAUGAUGCCGCAGUUAGAUGGUUAAAAUAUGAUGAACUCAAUCGGCAGCAAUAUAUGGUUGAUAUUCUGGCUAAAGUCAGAUUUCCACUAAUCUCUAAGAACUUCUUAAGUAAAACUGUUCAAGCAGAAUCACUCAUUCAGGACAAUCCAGAGUGUCUUAAAAUGGUUAUCAGUGGCAUGCGCUAUCAUCUUUUGUCUCCAGAGGAUCGAGAGGAGCUGGGAGAAAGUACACGGCCAAGACAAAAGAAGCAUGAUUAUCGCAUUGCAUUGUUUGGUGGAUCUCAGCCCCAGUCAUGUCGUUAUUUUAACCCCAAGGAUUAUACUUGGAUGGAUAUUCGUUGUCCAUUUGAGAAACGGCGAGAUGCAGCCUGUGUCUUCUGGGACAACGUUGUUUAUAUCCUGGGUGGUUCACAGCUUUUUCCCAUCAAACGGAUGGACUGCUACAACGUAGUUAAGGACAGUUGGUAUUCUAAGCUGGGUCCUCCAACACCUCGCGAUAGUCUUGCUGCAUGUGCUGCAGAAGGCAAGAUUUAUACAUCUGGAGGCUCUGAAGUAGGAAACUCUGCUUUGUAUCUGUUUGAAUGUUAUGAUACCCGAACAGAGAACUGGCAUACCAAACCCAGUAUGCUGACACCUCGAUGCAGUCAUGGUAUGGUGGAAGCCAAAGGACUAAUCUAUGUGUGUGGCGGAAGUUUAGGCAACAAUGUUUCUGGAAGAGUUUUAAGCUCCUGCGAAGUAUACAAUCCUGCAACAGAGUCGUGGACAGAACUUGCUGCAAUGCUGGAGGCUAGGAAGAACCAUGGAUUAGUUUUUGUAAAUGACAGAAUCUAUGCUGUUGGUGGACAAAAUGGACUUGGUGGUCUGGAUUCCAUAGAAUAUUAUGAUAUUAAAACGAAUGACUGGAAAAUGGUAUCAACGAUGCCUUGGAAAGGGGUAACAGUUAAAUGUGCAGCAGUAGGCUCCAUUAUCUAUGUCUUGGCUGGUUUCCAAGGUGUAGGCCGAUUGGGUCACAUUUUGGAAUAUAACACAGAGACUGACAAAUGGACAACAAACUCCAAGGUCCGGGCUUUCCCAGUAACCAGUUGUCUUAUAUGUGUUGUGGACACGUGUGGUGCAAAUGAAGAAAAACUUGAAAGUUGAAGAAAAUAUAUCGUUGGAGCUACCAGGAUGAUAUCUGUACUAUCAGAUCACACUGACGUGAACUAAUAUAUGAUUUUAUUUUCUAACUUAAUGUCUUUUGAGAUGUAUUAAAAUUAAUGCCAGUAUUCAGGAUUAUUUCUUAAGAAUUAUUAAAAGCUGUUUGCCUAAGCUUUUUGAAUUUGGUUUUAAUUGCUUAUAAUGUGAAAAUAUUUCUGAGAAGUACUGUGGGGGGGGGGCGGAAGGAUUAUUUUAUACAGUGUUGAUUUCUGAUUAAAAUGUGGAAAUCUAGAAAUUAUUGUUGGCGGUAGUAGCCAAAGACAAUUAGGGGUUCCUUUGCCAUAAAGUUUUGAAUGUUUUAACUCGGGAGCAAUCCUUUGUGCCCUUCAAGUCAACAGCAAUGAGUUUCAACUUUCUUCACUUGUCUAAUAUUUUUCUUAAUUAAGUUACAGCAUUCUCUUGGAAAAAUAAAAAAAAAGAUAUCUGUGGACUUUUAGUUUAAAAUUUUUUAAAGUUUGAAAUCUGUAUUUUGAAUGUUGAAAAUUAAUUUAUGCAAUGAAGCAGGCAUGAUAAUGUUCAAUCAUCACUUUUUGAAAAAUGUAAUUUCCAAUUAGAAAAGUAAGGUGACACAUUAUGAAGCUGAUAGACUUGCCAUCCAUUAAUGGCAAAGUACAGAAGUAGAGGAUCUAAGAUUUGCCAUUCCUUGAUGCUUGUGUUCUUUUUGUACAAUUUUGUAUUCAGUUUCUUCUGAACAGUCAGUUUGAAAGUGUUGAAUUAUAGCCACAGUUUGAUUAAACAUGCUGUGUAUGUCCCUGAAUUGAGAUGAAGGGAUGACAAAAAUUAUAGUUUCCUUGUAUCCAUUUUACUUUCUGAAAACUACCUGCUCCUCUACCUACCUUCAUAUCAUCUGCAAAUUUUGCAACAAAGCCAUCAAUUCCAUCAUCCAAAUCAUUGGCAUAUAAUGUAAAAAGAAUCAGUCCUGCACAGACCCCUGUGGAACACUACUAGUGACCAUCAGCCAACCAAAAAAGGCUCCCUUUAUUCCCUGUCUUUGUUUCCUGCCAUUCAGUCACUGCUUUAUCCGUGCUAGAAUCUUUCGUGUAAUACCAUGAGCUUGUAGCUUGGUAUGCAGCUUCAUAUGUGGCACCUUGUAAAAGGCCUUCUGAAAAUUCAAAUGCACAACAUCAAUCAAUGGAUGAUUAUAUGGAGAAUUGAAGCAUUGAUGGUGUUUAGAACUGAGGUUCACAGUUUGAGAAUAAGGGGUCAGCAAUUCAAAACUGGAAUCCUUUUUAAAAACGUUCACACAGGAGGUAGUAAAUGUUUGCACGUGGGUAUGAUAAUUUAAAUUAUUCUGAGACAUUCUGCAAGUGAGAGCAGAGUAAAUUUACACAUUAUAUUUAGAAUUGAUAUUUAUCCAACUUGUGCCUUUUACUUAGCUAGUUAAAACAAUGUAGUGUGUUAAUUGUCCAUUCGUCCCUCCUCACUGAUCUCCUUCCUGCUGCUUAUCCUUGCAAGCAGAAUAAGUGCUAUACCUGCCCCUACACCACCUCCUGCCUUAUCAUUCAGGGCCCAAACAGUCCUUCCAGGUGAGGUUUCCAGUGCUCACAGUGUGUCCUCCUGUGUAUCAGUGACACCCAGCAUAGAUUAGGAGAAAACUUCGCCUCCAUCAGAAAAAGCAGGAUGUCCCAGUGGCCACUCAUUUUAAUUCCACUUCCCAUUCCCAUUCUGACAUGACUUUCAUGAUGAGGCUACACUCGGGUUGGAGGGGCAACACCUUUAUAUUCCAUCUGGCUAGCCUCCAAUCUGAUGGCAUGAACAAUAGUUUCUGAAAAUUCCAGUAAUGCCCCCCUUACCAUUCCCCAUUCCCCAUUCCCAUUUUCCCCUCUCGCCUUAUCUCCUUACCUAUCCAUCACCUUCCUCUGUGCUGCUCCUCCUCCCUUUCUUCCAUGGCUUUUGGCCCUCUCCUAUCAGAUUCCCCCUUUUCCUGCCCUUUAUCUAUUUCAUCCAUCGAUUUUUCAGCUCUUUACUUCAUCCUUUACACCUAUCAUCCACUACUUCGUAUUUCUUUCCCACCUCCCAACUUUCUUACCCUGACUUCUCAUAAUCUUUCUCCAGUUGUGAUGAAGGACCUCGACCUGAAAAGUUGACUGUUUACUCUUUUCCAUAGACGCUGCCUGGCCCACUGAGUUCCUCCAGAAUUUUGUGUGUGUGUUGCUUGGAUUUCCAGCAUCUGCAGAUUUUCUCUUGUUCGUGCAUUAAUUGCCGUAUUUAAUCUGAACUUGGCAGAUACCAGAUGAUUUUCUGGUGACUAGCAUUUAACUUGUAAACCAUACAGUACCUUCUCAGUAUUCACUUUUAUAUUCUCUAAAAUAUUAGUGUAUCCAGUAGGGACUUCAUAUUAUAAGCUAAUUAUUCAAACUCCCUGUGGAGCAUUAAGAAUGUCUGCUAAAAUGUAAUUACCUUACUGAACGGAAGCAAAACCAUUAAUGUUUAGUUACAACCUAUGGAGUUUAAGGUCAAAUGGUUUUUUGUAUUAUAAUUAAGAAUUUCAUUGUUUUCAGACCCUAUGGAUCUAUAUAUCUUCCUGAAUAAUUACUGUUAAGUUUCCUGUUUUAAAAAAUAAUUGUAGAUAUUAGAAGUCUGAAAUAACACAAGGAUGCACAGUCAGUCAGUCUGGUAAAACUUGGGGAGAGAUUUACAUUUUAUGUCAAAGGCCUUUCAUCAGAGAAGUUUCUUCUGAACCUUCAGCUUAAUAUUUUCAGUUAUUUCCAUUUUCUGUUUUUCUUCAGUUUCAUUCACUUGAUCAUGCUUAAGUAAACUGAGUAACUCUAAACUUCUUUCAAUCUUCUGUGGAUAAGUAUGUAAAUUUUAUUUUAGAAUUAUGGAUGAAAAUGUGCAGAAUAUCAAAAAUGUAUAAUCAAGCAAAUAUGAAGCAGAUUAAA